UUUUUUGACUCCUUCCCUCGUCGUCCUCUCUUCCUUGGCCAAGUCUCCUUCUCUUCGCCUCUCCAUUGCCGAUAGAUCCGCCGUUAGCCAUCGGUAAACGCAGCGGAGGAGCUAUAGAAUUCUCUGGUCUCUGCGACACACCGGUUAAUCGGAUCUCAAUUAUGGACGAGGAGGCAGCAAAACCUAGAGAAUCCACCGUGAAUCAGCAACAACAACAAUACUUAUACGGAACGUUUCAAGGCGUUGCAAAUUUUCCCCCUCCGACUCCGCCACCUCAAUUUCUACCGCCGUUGCAGCAACCGCAUCAUCCGAUUGCUACGUUUCCUGGACAUGCUUAUCAGAAUCUUCAAGGUCCUAGUGGUGGUUUUGUGAAUUAUGCUCAAGGUUUCCCAGUUGUUCCUGAUUAUACAGUGGUUGAGGUGAGACCUAUGAUAGAGCAUGAACUUCCUUGCUGUGGCUUGGGCAUGGGCUGGUUUCUGUUUAUUAUGGGUUUCUUGUUCGGUGGGAUCCCUUGGUACCUUGGUGCUUUUAUUGUUCUAGUCACAUCUGUCGAUCACCGCGAGAAAGCUGGUUACAUUGCCUGUUCAAUCGCUUCCGUUGUCUAUUUGAUUGCCGCCAUGCUCGGGAUGACUGGGGAUAUUAACAUCUGGUGAAACUACUCCCCAGCCAAAACCAAACUCAAUCUUGUAUAUAUAUAUCUACAUAUAUGCUCGAAACCGUAGAUAUAUAUAUAUAUAUAUAUCAAUAUCAUUACACCACUUAUUGAUGAUUUUAGUGAGUUACAGAAGGGAAAUAUUUGUAACGAUGUGUUGAAUUUUAUAUUAUAAGAAAUAACGUAUAUAUGUUGUUGAUUCCCUUGGUGGCAUCUAUUGUACAUUUGUGAUUUGUUUUGACGAUUGCUACUACAAAAAAAACAUUAACAAUCGGCUUUAACUUAA